AACAACGCAGUUGUGAUGGUAACCCUCGUAGUGUCAGCUCUAUCAUCAGGUUACAAUUCAUCGUCGAUUGCUGCUCGAUGGCUGUAGUUUGGCAAGAGAUCGUGGCUGAAUGCGGAAACGCAGGAAAAUCGCAGAUAAGUCACAGCGAAGAUUUGGACGUUACGCUGGACGAUGUCUGCGCGAUAAAUUGCCGAAAAUUCAACAACUGACAAUUGGCAAAUUCUCUGUCGAACGUUGGAACCAGAUAGACCCAAGAAAAUUCUACUCGAAAUAAGAAAAUACCGUAAUUAACGCUCUUUUUAUCGGAAACUUGAUAUUGGAAUUAGGAAAUUAGCAUAGUCAAUAAACGCAAGAAGACGAAGAGUAGGCGCGUCUGUCUCUUUUCUCGAUCAAUGCUUCGCUUGAGAUUUCACAGUAUUUUGUUUGAAUAAACACAGAGACAGUUUCUGAAUAUCCGCAAGUUUGACAGUAGCUGUGGCUAUUGACAGUGUCUCGGACGACACUGGAAGAAAGAUGACAAGCGACGUAAAGGCUUUCUGUACGUACAGCGAACAGUUUAAAAGGUGUUAACGAAGUUUCUUCGACAAAUUCUUCGCUCGAAAUUUCUUUAUUACGUCCGGAGGCUUAGGUUGAAAAUUAGAACGCGUUUCGACGCUGUCUCGAUAAAUACGUAGAAGCAGAAAGCUGACAAGAACGUAUUACUAAAUAUUUAACGUGACAUUAUGGCGCCAUGAUUUCUGCUCUACAUUCCGCAACUAGGCCAAAAUACAAGAGCCACGAAUUCUCCGCGGCUAUGAACGCCCGAUCUAACGAUCGAUAACGAACGACAGCCAUAAUCCACGACGAUGAUAAUCGUAACGAUUACAAAUAUCUUGCAGCGAUUGGAACUGAAAUACAACGUGGAAAUAUGAAAAACGUGCGAGGAUUGUUGAACGAAAAAAUAUACCUGCAACGUCUGUUAAAUUGCGGAUGCUGCGUAGAAGCUUCCGAAGAAAAUACACUUUCGCCAACUUUUCUAAAAAUAAACCUUCACCAGCUUGAACAAAGUUUAAACUGUUAGAGACUUGAUGCAUAACGAGACACGCGUUGAAUCGUUCGUUUAACAUAGAAACAGGAGGAUGGCGCGUAUCAAUGGCCAGGUAAUAAACCGCUAAUCAAAUAAGGAAAUUGUAGCCUGUUUUCGUGGAAGCCGGCAGUUCUGAAGUUUCGUCGCCAGAGCUAUGAACUUGACAUCCAUAAGAGCGACCUUCCACCCAGCCACGUAACGCCGUAUCGAUUGCUCGUCAGCGGAACGCUGACGUAAACUCCUAACUGCAAUAGUUUAAUUGAAUCUGGAAGCUUGAAGCAUCGAUGACGAGCUAUCAAAUGGCUAAUUAAACAGCGAACUCGCGGCUACUCCAUCGAAUCUGCGGCUUGCGAGUUUCGCUUCGCGGAUCCUGUGAACUUGAGGAUCGCAAGGUCGGCCCUGAAGCCACAGCCACGUGGUAUCGUAUCGGAUUGACGCAAGUUGAAUCGCUUCUCGCGUCGAAGAGGUGCGAACAAUGGGCCAUAAAAGAAUAGAAAGCUGGCACUUUGAAUAUAACUUCUCGAAGGUGAAUGAUAAAUAGAAGGUGAAUGAGGACCAUGUAAGGUGUAAAUAUCGUGUGUAUCUCUGGUGAAGAGCACGUGACAAAGACGCGAAGAAGAAGGUUAGUGUUCACUCGUGGAAGCGACGAGGAAUAGCCAUGAAAAAUGAAGCGCAAGGAAAGAAAGAAGCAGAGCAGAAAUACGUCGAUUCGAUCGAAACAACUGCAACCCCCCGGAGUCUCCAUGGACAUGGAAUCGUCCUGGGCAGCUCAAGAGAUCAAGUCCAAUCUGAAUAAUAUGGCUCGCUUUCAGCAGAAGCAACUGCAGGAGAAGGAGCAGAAGUUGCUGCAGCUUUACGACCAACAACAGCAACGAGCUUAUCAAGUGGUGCAACGAGGCAGCGCCGGCUCCAACAGCUCGAAUCAUGCUACCUCCAUCAGCCAGCACACCGUCACAAAGACCUCGAGCAGCAGCCAUACAACCUCGACCUCGCAAGGUGGAAAGGUGAGGCAGAUGUUCGACGAAAGACGGCAGACGACGGUGAAGGGCAUCGACAGAAGCUACCCACUGGAGCCGCUGGAGAACAAAUCGCGGAAACAGACGAACGGAAACGGCGUGCAGAAGAACGGAAAUUUGACGGUGAACCGACAGUCGGUGACUGUGAAACGAGUAGCCAAAGCUGACGUGAACAGCAAUUUGAACGGUGGCAAACCGAUCGUCUCGUAUCACGAGGAAAUCAGUCGAGAAUCGUUCGGUCCGUGCGCGCGCCAGCACCAAGAGGAUGACGAGUUUGGAAACGAGAACCACGUCACGCAAUAUGCGAAUGGAAACCAUCGAGACGAGACACGUAUGGAGGAAGUUUUGGACGAAGAUAUGAUAGAAAGGAAUCGUAUGAUGGCGAAACUUCAUCUGAUGGAGUACGACGAGACGUUGAAGCACCGUGUUAAAAACGACCUCGAGAGCGAGGAAUUCCCCGAGGACUUUAUGGUCGAUGUUCCUGACAAGCUUCCAAAACAAAGUGUUACCAGGAAGUUAUCUCAAGCGGAGGUCAGGUUGGAACGCUUUAAAAACGCGAACGCGAGGCGUGGUAACAACGUUACGAAGAACCCAGCCAUUGGCCCGAAGAAACGAUCUGACCCAAUAUUUCCAGCAAAAUCCACUUGCAGCGCCAGCCGAAUGACCAACACAGCUUCAGACAGAAGAUCGAACGACGGGAAAAAUCCUGCAAGUAGCAAAUCCAGAGGGAAGACACUGGUCUCUGGAAAUGUGGGGGAAACGGUAUCGUUGGAUUCUGGGAGAAAUGUGAGACGAAGAGACGAAAAUCCACGGUUCUUCUGCGAAGAGUCCGAGAAGUCUGCCACUGUGCACGCCGUUGGUUCGAAAACCGCGAGGAAAUUGUCGCCUGAUUCGUCUGAAGAUAGAAUACAAAGAAGCGAAAGGUCUGCGAUAUUUAAUAAAGAGAAAUCUGCUAUUAAAUACCCGAUAGACUCGAAAGCUGCAAGAACAUCGACAUCCGAGUCGCUUAAAGAUAAGACAGGGAAAAGGCAAAGUCACGAAUUAUUCUCCAAAGAUGCUGGAAAAUCGACCGUAACUUCUGCGACUGGCGCAACAACUGCUAGGAAUUUGUCUUCUGAAGCUUUAAGAGAUGUCAAGGAUCAAGGCGAUCAUGGUAAAUUUAUCGGCGAGGAGUCUGAAAAAUCAGCAACGACUUACGCGAUUCGUCCGAAGUCUGCAGAGAGACCGAUUCGUGAAGUUUCCGAAGUUACAAAGGACAUUAAGCGACGAAGUGAAAGUCCGAAAUUCUUCUGCAAAGAGUCUGAAAGAUCAGCAACGACUUACGCGAUCGACUCAAAGACUGCAGAAAAGUAUACUCGCGAACCUACGAAAGAUACGGGGGACUUGAAACGACGAAGUGAAAGUCCGAAAUUCCUCUCCAAAGAGUCUGAAAAAUCAGCAACGACUUACGCGAUUCGUCCAAAAUCUGCAGAGAGACCGAUUCGUGAAGUUUCUGAAGUUACAAAGGACAUUAAGCGACGAAGUGAAAGUCCGAAAUUCUUCUGCAAAGAGUCUGAAAGAUCAGCAACGACUUACGCGAUCGACUCAAAGACUGCAGAAAAGUAUACUCGCGAAAGUACGAAAGAUACGGGGGACUUGAAACGACGAAGUGAAAGUCCGAAAUUCCUCUCCAAAGAGUCUGAAAAAUCAGCAACGACUUACGCGAUUCGUCCGAAGUCUGUAGAGAGACCGAUUCGUGAAGUUUCCGAAGUUACAAAGGACAUUAAGCGACGAAGUGAAAGUCCGAAAUUCUUCUGCAAAGAGUCUGAAAAAUCAGCAACGACUUACGCGAUUCGUCCGAAGUCUGCAGAGAGACCGAUUCAUGAAGUUUCCGAAGUUACAAAGGACAUUAAGCGACGAAGUGAAAGUCCGAAAUUCUUCUGCAAAGAGUCUGAAAGAUCAGCAACGACUUACGCGAUUCGUCCAAAAUCUGCAGAGAGACCGAUUCGUGAAGUUUUCGAAGAUACGAAGGAUGUUAAGCGACGAAGUGAAAGUCCGAAAUUCUUCUGCAAAGAGUCUGAAAAAUCAGCAACGACUUACGCGAUUGACGAAGAAACAAAUAAAAAAUUCUCUCUGGAAGGUUUAAAAAGCGUCAAGAAACGAAGCGACAGUCCAAAACCUACAACUUACGCGAUCGAGCCAAAGUCCGCAGAAAGAUUGAUUCGUGAAGUUUCCGAAGAUAUAAAGGACGUUAAACGACGAAGUGAAAGCCCAAGAUUCUUCUGCAAAGAGUCUGAAAGAUCAGCUACCACUUACGCGAUCGAGGCAAAAACAAAUAAAAGAUUCUCUUUCGAAGAUUUAAAAGACGUCAAGCAACGAAGGGAUAGUCCAAAAUCCACAACUCACGCGAUUGACUCAAAACGUGCGGAAAGAUCGAUCCGUGAACCUGCUGAAGACAUAAAAGACGUUAAACGACGAAGUGAGAGCCCGAGAUUCUUUUGCGAAGGAUCUGAAAGAUCAGCUAAAACUUACGCAAUUGAUCGAAAGGCUGCUAAUUCCUCGAAGACCAGAACACCACGUAGCGAUAGUCCGAAAUUCUUCUGCAAAGAAUCGGAGAAAUCAGACACGGCUUAUGCGAUAGACUCGACAAUUCUUCCAACGUCCCCUAAUUAUAUGAAAGACAGUAAGAGCUCCGUAUUAAAAAUUGAAUCAAAGAACAAAAAGGAUAUAACUAGUAACACGAUAAGAGAAUCAACGAACGACACCAUGAAGAGACACGCUACAUUUCCCAAACGCGAUGUAGUCAGCAAAUCUUCUUCUUCGGAAAGUGCAAAAUAUGACGUGAUAUCUUGCGCGAAACCCGAGUACCAAACUCUGCGUAAAUUUACCGAAACCAAGUUACCUGACGUUUUCGAGCGUCUAACAAGAGAACGUAGCUCGAGUCCUCGGUCUUUCUGUCGCGAAGGCAGAAGAUCAGCCACGACGAUGAGCACCCGCAACAGGGACACCGAGUCCAUCUCUGUAUCUGCAAACGCGGUCGAGGAAAUGAAAAAGAAAGGCAGCGAGAGUCGAAGAGUCGGUUCUGGAAAGCGCGAUGCUUCGAUAAUUCGUGCUGACGAAUCGAAAUCACCAGACUUCGCGAAAGCAUCGUCCAGAAGCUGCAGCGUAAGUCCGCAGUACUUCGGCUCGGAUUCUGACAGAUCCGCCAGCAUCCUGAUGGUCACGCCGGAGACGAUAGUGAAAGCAAAAACAGAUCUAGCGUGGUGCAAGAAAAGAGAACAAAGUCCUACGUUGUACGUUUCCAAAGGCGAGAAGCUCGUCACGAACGUACCGAGAGAAGCGACAAGAGGAUCGUCGACAGAAAGCUACGACGAGACAGCGAAACGCUUCAUCAGAAGCUCGGUAUCGCGAUUUUUCUCGGAGCAAUGUGAAAGAGCAGCGAGAAACGUGGAGCCGAGAAAGCUUCAGCUGACAGACGCCAGAACACCGAGUCAGACGAAGUCGCAGUUCGAUGAUGGACGAGCUGAGAGGGACGAGAGAACGAGUUUCGUCGCAGACGGCAGUCGCGACUCGUCGCCCGGGUCUCGAGGAAUCGUGGAAAGUAGAGAAGAAACGCCAGAAUCCUUGCGUUACGAGACAGAAGAGUGCGCCAUCGCUACGAGCCUUCAGCCUAAGAUUUACACAGACGUUGAGCAACCGCCCAAAGGUGCGCACUCGCUUAAACAAACAGUUACGCGUGAGAUUACGGCAAGGCCAAGGAAUCUAUCGACCAACGUCAAGGACAGAUUCUCGAAGAGUCCUUUAAGCGUCAAGGACGACAAUUUGACAGCCGAAAACGCGAAUGCACUUAGCCGUAGAGGGUCCGCCGGUGUUUUACGUUCGACGAAACUGAUUCGCGACGUACUGCAGCGUCAGAGUGGCCAAGAUCAGGUGGAUGCUUCGCCUGGAAUAUCCAGCGAAUGGGAAGAGCGACCGAGGGCCGACAGGAUGCAGGCAGAAACGAGGGUGGACAGGAAAGUUGAGGAAAGAGCUGGGACGCCGACUGGUCGCCAACUGGGAUCGAAAAGUUGCAAGUCCGUGGAAGUGGACACGCAGAUCGGAGAAGUCAGGACGCCUGAACGAUACGUAAAACAGGAGCAGCUUCGAGGCACUUACUCGAGAUCGAGCAAGGGAACAGCCUGCGAGAAGUCGAGUGUUGGAAAGUUGCUGACGUAUUCCGUGCGCAAGCCGGUUAAACAGAGAGGGUCGUUGCUGGAGUCGAACAUUUUCCAGCAAUCGCUGAGAGGUCGAGAUUCGGCGGACGAGAGGCCCGUUAGCUCGAAACGUACAACACGAAUUGCAUCUCCGAAGAAGGAGCCUGCAGCUUGUGCUCGUAGCUUGCAGACUCGAACUAAGGGAAACACGGCGAAUGGGAAGAACAAGAGCGACAUUUUGAAGGCUCGCAGUCAAACAGCGAGUCCGAUCUCAGCAAGCAGCGGAAAGACGAGCUCAGAGACGGUUGCUGAUAAGAGGAACAUGGACAGAUAUGAUGCUUCGAAGCGUAUAAUGCGAACGUCCAACGAAUCCAUCGCUCGUGACUCGGAAGGAGCAACUGAUGUGGCAGAUCGAAGCGGCGAAACCAAAAUCCCAAGAGCUGGAGCACGAACUGCCAGGAAGCAGAGUAUCGCGGAUGAGAGGAAGAAAGGCAAGACGUCUAAACAGGCUGAAAUUUUGAAGUCCAUGCAGCUCGUUCGCAGUGCUACAAGAGGAUCAGAUUUUGCGCAGGAAUCACGAAAAAUGGUUGGCGAAUCAGUUGACGAGGGUACAGCCAGAAACGAACAGACUGAAAUGAGGAAAAGUUGCUGCCCCUCGACGAUCGAUAUUAGAAGGUCGGAGGCCGGCUUAACUUCUAUAAAGGAACUUUCCAAGAAUUACGAGAGAACAGACUCGGUGGAGUCGGCUCUCAGACGUUUCGAUUCGAUCGGAACUGAGGCUGAAUCGAUCCGGGGCACGUUGGAACGAAGCGUGGAAUCGAUACCGAAGGAAAUACGAAGGAAAUCUGGCGGAAGCAUUGGCCGCAAGGCUGACUCAAAGACGAUUUCGCCGAAAGCACUUGAUCCACCGAAUGUAAAUCUUUUCGCUAAGAGAACGUGCGCCAGCAAAGCUACGACCGUAUCCAGAAGCGCAAUGGCCGCCGCUAAAGGGAGACAGGCUGAAACGCAAGAAACGCGGAGGCAGAAAAAAUUGGAGAAAGCCAGAGACUCGAUAGAGAUCAGCCGAAUUGCCAUAAGAUCGAGAUCGCUGUCGUGCAAGCGGAAGCUUUUCCAGCACACUGAUUCCAGCGAGACUGGAAGCGUUGCAUCGAGGUGCAGCAUCGAUUCCUUGAGAAACGUGGAACGUCUCUCGACGACUUCCAAUAAGAAGAAAACGCGCGACUCGGUGAAUACCACGUCGAAACGCUUCGAAUUCUCUGGCAACGACGAGACGUCGACGCAGACGAUAGACAAAGCAGAAACGGAUAAAAUGACAACAGGUGUGGGUUGCUCAUCGACGAAGCAACUGAGAUCGAUCGAGGAUAUUCGUAGGUCGAUCGAGGACGAAAGUUGGGAUCGCGAAACGGGGCAACCGUCGGUGAUGUCGGCGAUCGUAGGCAGCGUGGCGAAAGCAGCGGGUCGAUCGGAACCUCGUCGAAUAAAUGUCAAUGAUCGCGCUGGAAAUAGAAAAGAGAUAUGUUCACCGGGGCGGUCGGUGAACCUUACCGCGAGCAACGACGCUUUAGGGGAUACGGAGCGUUCGUCUGUAAAGUGUACGAUGCGUUUCUCCAGGGUCGCGAAAAGUCCGAGCCCGGAGACGACCAAGGAAACGAGCAUCCGUGCGAGAAGAAACAUCCCAACGUCGCCGUCCAAAAGUCCGGACACGGUCGCUAGGCGUGCGUCGAGCGAGUUGAAAGCUCAAGACACAAGAUCGACGAAACGGCCAACGACUAUGAAAGGCACAGAGCCAAUUGGAAACAGGAAGGCGUUAACGGCGACGAGCACAACUACGAAAAAAUCAGCGGACGUGGUCGAUAGCGCUAUUCUCGAGAAUGGUCUGCAUUUACGAGACCAAACUGCCGAAACGAAAUACGAUAACGACUCGCCCACGAAGAAAAGCGACGCUCUGGUCGUCGACUUGGACGAGCAACCGCCGAAGGAAAACGAGCCACUUCCGCGGAAACCGCUCUUACGAAAACAGUCCACCGAGAAACAGAUUACUUCCAUGCAAUCAACACGGCCACCAUCGGUUUCGUCCACAUCUGGUGGUAGCCCCAUGCAAGGUCAGACUUCCGGUUCUAGAAGCAAAAUGGCUUCGAGAGCAAAGACGCCAAUUUCCGGUUCAACGGGAUACAAAGGAUCAGCUUCCAGCAGAACCGGAGGAGCCGCGGCAGCGACAUGUUACAGUGACGCUCUGGUUCCUUGCAAAAUGUGUGGCCGCCGUUUCGCUCAAGAUCGAGUAACCCUUCACGAGCAGAUUUGCGCGAAAACGACCCAAAAAAAGAGGAAACAAUUCGAUACGAUGAUGUAUCGCGUAAAAGGCACCGAUCUCGAACCGUUCGUGAAAAAAGGACUUGUGAAAAAACAAGUGGAGAAAUCGAAGAAGCCGGAGAUAAAGUCGAACUGGCGGCGCAAACACGAGGAUUUUAUUAACGCCAUACGCUCGGCCAAACAAGUACAAGCACACCUGGCCGCAGGAGGCAAGCUCAGCGAUUUGCCACCGCCGCCGGUUAGCGAUAACUACGAUUACAUUCAGUGUCCCCACUGCGGAAGAAAAUUCAAUAAGGCUGCCGCCGAGCGUCACAUUCCCAAAUGCGAACACAUGUUGCACAAUAAGCCGAUACACUCGCGAGCGCCGAAACCAAGGCGUUAAUUCUGCCGGAGUCAUUUCUGCUAAACGAUCUUUCUAUAUACGUACAUCGAGCAGGAACAAGAUAGAUAAAAGUGUCUUUAUUUUGAGAAAAAUCAACUUGAAAUAAAUUUUGGAAAGAAGAAAAGGAAACCAGAACGAAAGAUUAAGUUAAAUCGUAGCUUGAAGCGUGAUGUCAUAUUUAUAGUAAAAUGUGAAAAAAUAUAGACACAAUAAUUACGAUAUUUUUAAUAGAACGCAGCUUUCAUGAAGCACCUUGUCUCUAUCUUGUUCGUGCGAUCGAUACAGUUUUAUACAAGCGUCGCGUUGAUUAUGGAAUACUUAGAAAAUGUUGUAUGGGAUCUUACAUAAAUGGAGAAAAAAUCUCGCAGAAGACCGUCAUCUAUCGGACAUGUGCACAAGACGAAUGUAAAAGCGAUUUGUAUCUACUGCUUGAAAUCUAUGGGUUUCCUCCGUGUAUUUGGGACAAAUGUAUUUUCCAAUUAUACUAAAAUAAAGUACGAAUUUUCUCUA